UCUGAAGUGGCUGCAUCAGCCAUCAGAUGGAGCCGGACUCACUCCCCUUACUUCUUCCUUUGUCUCCAUCAUGUCUGGGAAGCCGGCUCUGUGGGCCCCCGGAGGCCCCUGGACAGCAGCUGUGAUGGUGUGGCUGGUGGCGCUGAGUGUCCCAGUGGCUGAGGGCGGGGACUCUCCAUGGGACUUCCUGUACCAGUAUAAGCCCCGCUGCUACUACACCAACGGGACGCAGCGCGUGCGGAUCCUGGAGAGCGUAAUCUACAACCGGGAGGAGUACGCGCGCUUCGACAGCGACGUGGGGGAGUACCGCGCGGUGACCCCGCUGGGGCAGCGGCAAGCCGAGUACUGGAACAGCCAGAAGGACUUCAUGGAGCAGAAGCGGGCCGAGCUGGACACCGUGUGCAGACACAACUACCCUAUAGCUGAGGCAAUAGCCUUGCACCAGCGAGGUGAGUGCCCCACCGGCCCCCUCGGCCGGGAAGAGUCUCCCUGCCCUGAGAGUGGCGGCUUCUGGGGCCCGAGCUCCAGCCACUGA